CUCCGCCCGCCGCUGACCGCUCUUCAGUCCGGGUCAGAGUUCCGCGAGUAACGGAGCAAUGGCGAAGAUCUGCGGCAGUCUACUGUUCGGGGCGCUGAUUCUGGCGAUACUGAACACUUCAGCAUCGGAAGGACAACAGAAGAAAAUCAGACAGAAGAGAGAGUGGAUUAUCCCACCCCACAAACUGAAGGAAAAUGUUGAUUAUACAUACAGGGAAUUCAUAGCCAAAAUUCGUUCAGAUGAGGAGACCAGGACAAGUAUACAAUAUUCACUGAUUGGAGUUGGUGCUGAUAAGCCUCCCAUUAACUUGUUCACUGUCAAUCGUGAGACUGGGUUGGUCAGGAUCCAUGGAGUGUUAGACAGAGAGAAAACUCCCAUUUAUUAUCUCCAAGGGGUGGCCAAAUUCCUGGAUGGCACUUUUGCUGAGAAAAAUAUUGAUUUGAGAAUCGUGGUGGAGGAUGAGAACGACUGUUCUCCUGUGUUUAACUUGACAAUGGGAGCUGUUUAUGAACGGAGCGCAACAGGUAAGUUUGUAACGACGGUCACCGCAACAGACGCAGAUCAAGAAGGAACUCUACAUACAAAAAUCGCCUACAGCAUUAUGAAACAGGAUCCCGAGAACAUGUUCAUCAUUAAUCGAGACACUGGUGGGAUACACGUCCAGCACAACACGCUCGACAGAGAGAAACAACAAACAUACACAUUGAUUAUUAAAGGGAUCGAUAUGGAUGGAAAUCCGAGUGGAAAAACAGGAACAGGAACUGCUAUCAUUAAUAUUCUUGACGUCAAUGACAACAUUCCCACUUUGGAGAAAAACUUUUAUGAGUGCCGUGUGGAGGAAAACACUAGAAAUGUGGAAGUGAUGAGGUUUCAAGCAAUCGACGCAGAUCUGAUAUACACUGAAAACUGGCUGGCCAUCUUCACAAUCGUGUCAGGAAACGAAGCUGGUUAUUUCUCCAUAAUCACAGACAACAAGACCAACGAGGGCAUCCUGAUUCUUCAUAAGGAGCUGGACUAUGAAGAGCUGAAGGAAAUCAAGCUGCAGGUGUCUGUCGCUAACAAGGCACAAUAUCACUCUUCAGUAGUCAUAACAGAGAGCAAGACAUACACCAUCCACGUCAGUGUGGUCAACCAGCCUGAGGGCCCUCGCUUCAAACCCACCGUCAAAGUCAUCACCAUCUCUGAAGAAAGCACCACCACUAUUUUACAUAAAAUCAUUACCAAUUACGCAGCAAUAGACAGCGACACGCUCCUAAUUGCUAAUAACGUGAGGUAUGCAAAAGGAAAAGAUGUUGACAACUGGCUGAUUAUAGAUGAGAGGACAGCUGAUAUCAGACUCAAUAAAAUACCAGAUUAUGAGUCCAAGUUUCUUAAAAAUGGCACAUAUUACGCUGAGAUAAUCUGCAUCACUAAUGAUGUCCCAGCAAAAACUGCAACGGGAACCAUUGCCAUUCAAGUAAAAGACUUUAAUGACCACUGUCCCGUGCUGAGCCGUCGGUCUCAAACGCUGUGCUUUGAGGAUCAUGUGGUUUAUGUCACAGCUGUGGACAGAGAUCAGUUCCCCAAUGGAGCACCCUUUGGUUUCAAAGUGGACACCAUAAGCACAAAGGAGUCCUGGAGCAUCGAGCCUCUCAAUGACACUACAGCGAUAUUCAGGUCUCAAAAAACACUGUGGCCUGGCAUGUACCAUGUGUUUGUGGACGUGUGGGACCAGCAGGGGAAUAUCUGUGCUGGUCAGGAGCUUCAGAUCGACGUCUGCAAGUGUGGCGCGGCUAAAGUUUGCCUGCCCCAAAAGAUCGUCUCCACGUUUGCAGCGUCUGGUGUUCUUCUAAUGCUGCUGGGACUGCUGCUGCUCCUGUUGGUGCCACUUCUGCUGCUCUUCUGUCUUUGUGGAGGCGCAGGAGCUGCUGGAGAUUUCAAGAUCCUGCCGUUUGAUACUAGAGAGCAUCUUAUCACAUAUAACACUGAAGGACAGGGCGAGGACCAGGAAAUGGCUCUCUUAAAGAUUUCAAAGGAGCUGGAGGAACACAAUCGCGGUAAUGUGGGCGCUGUAGGAGGAGCUCAGACAUGGGGUGGAGUAAAGGAUGGUGGAUGUGGAGCAGAAGGCUCACACUGGACCUCGUUCUAUGACCAGCGUGACAGUGCAUACCAUCACCAGACUGAUGGGCGGUACGUGUGUGGACUAAGAAAAGAAGAACACAGGAGGUUUGAAGACUACAUGUUUGACGGGCUUGCACUGUCUGAUGGUUUCUUAGGCAACUACUACUCUCAAAAAGUAAGUAAUUUGGCUAAGAAGCAAGACACAGGAGACAGUCUAAAGAUCUACAACUACGAGGGUCAGGAAUCAUACAAGGGCUCAUUUGAGGACAUCUGCGAUCUCUUACACGAAGACAACGACUUUGCUUUUCUUGAUGACCUUGAUCUAAAUUUCAAGACCCUGGCUGAAAUCUGUAGCGGUUCUAAAAUAGAGACUAAAAUCAGCACGACCGUCCCUGUGACCUCAAAACCAGUGCUCCCAACCACACACAAAGAUGUCAACAUACAAGAGUCAGUUAGUCAUUUACAGUCUCAGGAGAAAGCGACCUCAUCCGCCAUCAUUCACACCUCAGGAGCGCAGCAGACCAGCAGUAUGUCUUCAACAGGAGUCUAUGUCCAAGAUAAAGUUGUGGUGCCUAACCAAACCCUCUUAGUCCAGCAGCCUGCAUUUUACUAUGCCGCUGCCUCCCCCAUUUAUGUGAUGGAAGCCCAGCCUACUCUGCUGGUGACGCCCGGCCCAGUCCUAGGCCUUCAGGAGAACCUGCUAAUGGAGGAGAAGAAAGGCUCUGGUGCUUCUGCCAAACGUGAAACACAGCACUACCAGAGUGUAGUUCUUGUUGAAAAGCAGCCCCCAAAAGUGGCUUUGCAAACUCAAGGAGCGAUGCAGAUGGUUAAAACUGAAAUAAUGCAGUCCAUGGAGGCUCAAGGGGUUAAACGGGCACUGCAUCCAUCCACCCAGAUGGUUAACACUGAAAUAAUGCAGUCUAUGGAGGCUCAAGGGGUUAAACGGGCACUGCAUCCAUCCACCCAGAUGGUUAACACUGAAAUAAUGCAGUCUAUGGAGGCUCAAGGGGUUAAACGGGCACUGCAUCCAUCCACCCAGAUGGUUAACACUGAAAUAAUGCAGUCUAUGGAGGCUCAAGGGGUUAAACGGGCACUGCAUCCAUCCACCCAGAUGGUUAACACUGAAAUAAUGCAGUCCACUGAGGUUCACGAGGUCAGACGGGCGGUUCAUCCAGGCAGAAGGGUGAUGGCAGGAGUGGGCAGAGAGACCGAAGUUUAUGCUUCGUUGGAUAUGAGGGUUCCUCAGAGUCUGUAAGCACAUGGGAUGCACCGAUACAACAUUUCUCCGCCGAUAACCAAUUAUUCAGAAUAAAUUCUGCCAAUACCCAUAGCAUGGUUUUAUUAAAGUCCAGGUGAACUGGAAUUGCUGCUGACUUUCCUUCAGCAUUGCGACAUAAUUUUUCCAACUGAAUAUUCAAUGGAGGGGGAGUUUUUUAACGCUCCUCCUCUCAGUUUUUUGCUUACAGCAAACUAAACUAAAGGGGUGGUACAGAAUAUUCUCUGCCAAAUUACUCACCUCAAGACCUUAAGUAAUGUGUGAUAAAAAAUGAAAAAAUCUCUUGCCGCCUCUCAUUUGGCUUAUUGCUAUAAUAUAAAACGUUAAAAUUUACAAAAAAAGCCUGAAAUGUUUUAUUCAACUGCUGUUUAUUUUCGGAUAUAAUCAAAUAAAUACUUAAAUGUUUGUAUACGACUCAAUUGCACAUAAGGUAGUUUUUGAAAAAAAAAAAGUAAAAAAAAAACUUAUCAUCACGACAGAUUUAUUCCGACAUACAUACAUAAUUAACAAUAAAAAUGCUAUGUUUAGCGUCCGCAGUAUGAAAAUGAUCGCUGCAAGAUGCUGCUAGAGUGAAAGAGUAUUCAGAGAAAAUUAUUUUCCACUUAAUUUAACACUUUAGAAAGUUAAUAAAGUGUGAAGUUUCAGUUUAGGGUCAGCGAUAUCUUUAUCUUAUCUUAUUUGCAAAGGAUUUGAAAUAAUUUAGGUUUAUUAUUAUUUUUGUUUUUAUUUGUUUUUAUAGCAAUACAACUGCAUCGGCGGCACUUAAACUGACUGCAAUGAAAAAAAAAAAAAACAUGGACAGGCUAUUGCUGACAGGAUUGCACAUUCGGUUAGGCAAACACAAAAAACAUCAUGAAAUUAUCUGUCAGAAGUGUUAUCAGCUUUGUCAAAAACAGUAGCAUUUAACAUUAGUACACAGAUCUGUAGAACAAGUAAGUGACAGAAUGAAAUGAAAUAUAUGCAAACACUAGCCAUGAAGAAGUCUAUUUCAUUCAUUAUAGUAUUUAAGUACAGUAUAGUAGUAUAUUGUUACAUGAUACAUCUAAUAAAAUUAUCCACCCCUAACCUAUAGUAAAAUAUUCACACAUUUUUACACAAUAACUAUGGUAUAAUUUAACAGUGUUCAUCCCUCCGAAACAGAAAACAGAAGGCUUUUGUUUACCGAUACCGAUUAUUGGCCGAUACAUCGGUGCAUCCCUAGUAAACCGUCUUGUAAAGUCAUAAUCGGCCUAAGAUUAAUGAUUACAUCCACCUCUACUUGCUCUUGACCUUUAAAGAUUUUAUUCAAGCCCUUCCUUACAAUAAAGUGUCAGCAGUGGUUUCUCUCC